AUGACAAAAAGACUUUUGAUCCAAGCCUCCUCGUCUUACGACGGAGAGUUUCAAACCGUUCCAGUGAACUCUGGAAAGUUUACCAAUGUUGAUACUGCGAUCGGCCGCUUCGAAGUAGCUGUUUUUAUUUGCAACUUUGAUGGUUGCUCAGCACAUAGAGAUAACAGCUUUUACAACUAUGGUGACGAGACAAACCUCACCGUGGAGCAUCCAUCCAAGGGAGAGAAGCACAAAACUAUGCCUAAUUUGCGGAUCAUUAUCAAAUUUGUGCCCUCCAGAGUAAUCGGUGGUUCUGAGUUGCUAUUCGGAAAUGAUUUAACAACACAGGUACGCAAGUACGUACCUACUUCAUUACUAUCUACAGGGCUCAAAUUCUUCAAGUGGUUCAUAAAUCCUACUGUUGAAAGCGAUCUUUAUUGCGAUUGUCCUUACAUUUACAGUCCUGCAUUAAAUGGGUUUUCUGGGUUAGGUGUUGUGGAGGAAUCAGAAAGUGUGGAUUCGAGAACCGACACAACCAUUUCAGGAUUGGAGAAUUUAACUCACUUUGCACAUCCAGAUGAAAUCAUCCCCAAAAAAUCUAAGGACAGAUUAAAGUACUUUUGUAAAACACUGAGGUGUGAUAAGUUUGAUUUUGAACCUGAUAAGACAUAUAUAUGCGUCUUUGACACAAACUUCUUACGAAUGGGAGACUCAAAGUAUCAUGUUGCUAUACCUACUUUUGGCUCAAAGACUUUUGACAUCGAUGUGCUUCAAUACGCGAAUGAAGAUCUAAACAAUUUCAAUUGGGUUGUAAAGGCAGGAGGGGAGCAUGGGGUUAACGAGGGUGAUUUAGGACUAGUGUUGAAUUUUAAAUUGAUUCAAGAAGAGUAA